CACAACACACACAUAGAGAGAGAGAGAGAGAGAGAGAGAGAGAGAGAGAGGGAGGAGAGAGAGAGCGCCAUUGGAGGAGGAGGAGACGAAGCUCGAAAAGGAUCCAAUUCCAUUGCUUCGAAAGGAUUUGAUCCCAAAUUCCCCUUCGAAUCCUCUCCCAGACCCUAUUUUUCGCGUUCGUUUCGCACAAAUCUACGCGGUGAAAGCCCUGUCUCCUUCCACCUCCAUUUUCUCCGGCUUUUUCUCGAGAUUUAUCCUUUUUUUCCCGCAAUUUGUGGUGAUAUUUUGAUGGGAUUGGAAUCCUUGGAGCCGUAGGCGAUCUCUUAGGGUUUAAUUCAGCUCACUUUCGCAUUUUUGGGGGAUAAUUUUGGGUUGGGGGAAGAGGUUGGGGGAGGGAGAUUGCGCCAUGGGCUUCGAUGUGGGAGCUCACCUGGUGCGACUAGGGAUCGUUUCGUCGACGUCGGAUCACGCUUCGGUGGUGUCGAUAAACAUCUUCGUCGCGCUCCUGUGCUCGUGCAUUGUGAUCGGCCACCUCCUCGAGGAGAAUCGAUGGAUGAACGAGUCGAUCACCGCGCUCAUCAUCGGGUUGUGCACGGGGGUGGUGAUUUUGCUCACAACCAAGGGGAAGAGCUCGCAUAUUCUCGUAUUCAGUGAGGAUCUCUUCUUUAUUUACCUUCUCCCGCCGAUUAUAUUCAAUGCGGGCUUUCAGGUAAAGAAGAAGCAAUUCUUCCGCAAUUUCAUGACAAUCAUAUUGUUCGGAGCUAUUGGAACAAUGAUAUCCUUUUUCAUUAUAUCUCUUGGGGCCAUUGAAAUAUUCAAAAGAAUAGAUGUUGGUUCCUUAGACGUUGGGGAUUUUCUUGCAAUUGGAGCAAUCUUUUCUGCAACAGAUUCUGUUUGUACCUUGCAGGUUCUUAAUCAGGAUGAGACACCUUUUCUUUAUAGCUUGGUGUUUGGUGAGGGUGUUGUUAACGAUGCCACGUCAGUCGUGCUUUUUAAUGCACUCCAGGACUUCGAUAUUAAUCAUGUUGAUGCAAUCACCGUGUUGAAGUUUGUGGGCAACUUCUUUUAUUUAUUUCUCACAAGUACCUUCCUUGGAGUAUUUGCUGGAUUGCUUUGUGCAUACAUAAUUAAGAAAUUGUAUAUCGGAAGGCAUUCGACAGACCGUGAAGUUGCGCUUAUGAUUCUUAUGGCAUACCUCUCAUAUAUGCUGGCUGAACUGUUAGAUUUGAGCGGCAUUCUUACAGUAUUCUUCUGUGGUAUUGUUAUGUCACAUUACGCUUGGCACAAUGUGACAGAGAGCUCAAGAAUCACUACCAAGCAUGUUUUCGCAACCAUGUCUUUUAUAGCUGAGACCUUUCUCUUCCUUUAUGUUGGGAUGGAUGCAUUAGACAUCGAAAAGUGGAAAUUUACGAGUGACAGCCCCGGAAACUCAAUUGGUGUGAGCUCAAUUUUGCUGGGCUUGGUUUUGGUUGGAAGAGCAGCUUUUGUUUUCCCUCUCUCCUUUCUGUCCAACUUGACCAAAAGAUCUCCUGAAGAGAAAAUCAACUUCAGGAAGCAAAUUAUAAUAUGGUGGGCCGGCCUUAUGAGAGGUGCAGUGUCAAUUGCGCUUGCUUACAAUAAGUUUACAAGAUCAGGGCAUACGCAACUGCGUGGCAAUGCAAUCAUGAUCACUAGUACGAUUACAGUUGUUCUUUUUAGCACGAUGGUGUUUGGAUUGUUGACAAAACCUCUGAUAAGGCUUCUUUUGCCUGCCUCUUCACGGAACUGCGUGAUCUCCGAGCCCACAACACCGAAGUCCCUCCUCUCCCCUCUCCUCGGCCCUGAGCAGGGCGGAUGGGAAGCCGAAACCGGCGGCCAUUCCAUAACUCGGCCUUCCAGCCUGCGAAUGCUCCUCACCAAGCCGAGUCGCACUGUCCACUACUACUGGCGCAAGUUCGACGACGCGUUCAUGCGGCCAGUAUUUGGCGGGCGGGGUUUCGUUCCGCAUGUGCCAGGAUCGCCCCAUGAAGACACACUUAACGGGUGGCGAUAAGCCACCGGAGAAACCGAAAAGAAAAGAACCAGAACAAAAAGAAGAGCAUGGAAAGAAAACAAAAUUCGGGUUUCUUAGAUUCGGUUGCGGCUGCUUCUAAUAGUGUUUAGGUAGUGCUUUUGUUGUAGCACAAGUUGUGGUUGGAUUGUUGUUGUAUCUUCUACCUCAGGAUAUGUAAAUUAUUUUUCUUUGUGUGUGAGCUUCUUGAGUGAGCUAACAUAUUUGUAAAUUUUUGUAGCAUUUAGCGCCGGAUUUUUAUCUCAAUUACAAGCUUGUAUGUCUUAGGGCCUUUUCAGUUGAAUCUGUAAUCUUUCUCAGAAUAUAUAUAUAUCAAGCAUGAAAUCACAAAUAAAUCAGAGGAAACUUUUGGGCCUUUUCUUCA